GUAGAUGUGAGUUCAGGUGGAACCAAAACAUUUUUAGUUAGUACCACCAAAUAAAACAAGUAUAUUUCAUGCAGUUUUAUUGUUAUUGUUUUUUAAAUAUGUGAAACAAUAGAGUGUUUAUUUGUGAUUAUAAAACCCACGUGGUACCACUUAUGAAAUGUUGAAGUUCGUCAUUUUUAUUUUUUUUGCGACUGUAUCAAGUGACCCAUUUCCCUUUGUCGUUUCGUUAAAAAACGCCUUAUGGAGAGCCAAUUCGAACCAUUUUUGUACCGGUACCAUCAUUGCACCAAAAUGGGUACUAACAGCCGGUCACUGCUUCACUUCCAUAAUUGAUAAUCCCGUAGAAUGGAUCACAGUCCAUGUUGGCGAGUACCUCACCCAUGGUACCACCUACAACAUCGUUGGUUACACCAUCCACCAGAACCAAUCCGAAUCAACUAAAAUCUACCGAAACGACUUAUGUCUCGUCGAACUUGAAACUGAAAUAGACGUACCAAUGGUACCAUUUGGUACCAUUCGAAACGAAAAUGAAGUACCGGUGUAUGUGGUUGGUUGGGGGCGGACUUCCACACAUGGAACCAUCCCGGAUAAGAAACGAGUGACACAUUUGGGUACUGUAGGGUACCACAAAUGUCAAGAAAUGCACGACUUGAAAAACAAUAUAGUCGAUAAAAGUACCCAAAUUUGUGGGGCUGGAGGAAGUUUGUGUUUUGGUGAUUCAGGAAGUCCGUUAUUUAGUGCAAGUGGUACCAUGGUUGGGGUUUUUUCGACCAUGGAGGACUGCACCAGCAACUACCCGCUACUAUUUGUUCGAAUUUCGAAAUAUAUCGAUUGGAUACAUAACACAAUAAAAAUGCAAUAA